AGUAGCCGUAGCUGGUGGAUGGGGACAGUUCUCUGUCGUUGCAGGAGGGAAGAUUUGGGCGAGGUCUUUUGCUUCUUAAAAUCGAUGGCGUCUCGCGUCAGUCUUGCUUUGCAGGUAAUCCUCUCGUCUGAGGUUUAGGGUUAGGGUUAAGCUUUUCUUCACGUUAUUUCCUCGAGAUCGCUACCCGUUAAGUUUUAUAAGUGUUUGACGACUGAGAUCGAUGGUGCUCGGUUGUUUCAUGGCUGGCACAGCUCUUCUUUCUUCUUAGCUUUUGUUUCUCGUAGCCGUGAAGAAAGAAGCGAGAUCCAUUGCUGUUAAGGAGGAUUUUAGGGAGAAGUUGCCAACUGACGUCGAACCCGUCGAGCGUUUCCAGCGACGACUUUUAUCUGGGCUUAUUAUUAUGUUCUGCACAAAUGGCUGGAAGUAAAGCCAGCUAGUUUGAUAGUGAUGAAGGCCAUGUAAAAGGGAUCACGGGUCGGGUGUUUUUGUCUCAGUGCGAGUGGUGAUAGUGAGUUCUCUGCGUAAUUUUAAUUAGGGUUUCUUUUUGCGUCCGACUUAUUAAGGUUUUAGGGAGUUGUAACUGCGCAGGUGGCCCGGAUCUGGCUUUUUCUUCUGUCGUUUUCUGUUAGACAUAUUUACGAAAAUAGUGAUACCCUAUGAUUUUUUAUAAUUUCUGCUGCUUUUGAUGCUUCACUGGAUACAAAACUCAGAGGCUACGUUGGAUAAGACGCAUCGGCAGCUUUGAUAGUCCUUUUUAAAAGGUCUGAAGCAGGAUCGGCAUCGGAGAAGAUAAAGGAAGAAAGAGUUUCGAUAAAGCCAGCGAAGAAUAGUCUUUUGAGGACCCAGGAAGGGUCUUUCAGUUGUCACUGAGAAAUUAUUGAUUUAAUAUCAUUUCCAGGUGGAGAUAAAGGAAGCUAGAAGAGGAAAAAAAAAGGAGAACAGAGCGCGAUUUCAUUUUUUCCUCUGUUAUAGGCCAAAAGCGUCUUUUCUCUCCCACCAUUAUUGCUCAGUGAGAUAGAAACAGUUGCUCUCGUAUGUGCAAAUUUGGCAAUGGUGGAUUUGGGGAGUUAUUGAUGGAAAAAGCUUGUCUUUCGUCCGUUGUUGAUUAAGUGUUGAGAUUCUUCUUUUGAGCUCUUAAAAUCUGAACUUUGAUAAUAGAGGAUUGUGGGAAUGAGCUCUGGAUUUCAGAAUAAGCGAGGGAAGGGUGAUAGGGGUUUGAAUUUGACGGAGAAGGUUGUGGUAGCCGUUAAGGCUUCCAAGGAAAUAUCAAAGAAUGCUCUGGUAUGGGCAUUAACUCAUGUUGUUCAGCCUGGGGACUGCUUAACGCUUCUGGUUGUGAUGCCGCUGCAGAGUUCAGGCAGGAAACUGUGGAGUUUUCCUAGAUUUGCUGGGGACUGCGCAAGUGGUCACAGGAGGUCUCAUACUGGAACUACCUUAGAGCAGAAAUCUGAUAUUUCAUAUCUAUGCUCCCAAAUGAUGCUUCAACUCCAUGAUGUUUACGACCCAAAUAAGAUUAAUGUCAAAGUAAAAGUUGUAUCUGGAUCUCCUUCUGGUGUUGUAGCUGCUGAAUCCAAGAGAGCUAAUGCCAGUUGGGUGGUUUUGGACAAGCAACUUAAACAAGAGGAGAAGCACUGCAUAGAGGAUCUUCAAUCUAACAUAGUCGUCAUGAAACGUUCCCAACCAAAAGUUCUUCGAUUAAAUCUUGUAAGAUCGUCUGAGGCCGAGCCCUCUGAGCUGUGUACUCCACCUCUUGAGUUUGAUGUAUCGGCCACAGAAGUUAAGAAGGAUUUAAAGAGCCUUCAAGCCUGCAUUCAAGGUCCUACUGUUACUCCCUCAAGCAGCCCUGAAAUAGAGACCUCAUUUACAGCUACGGAAGCUGGAACUUCCUCAAUAUCAAGCUCAGAUCCUGGAACUUCACCAUUUUUUAUCUCUGAAACAAAUAACUUUCUUAAGAAACCAGAAAUGGUGGAAGUAAAGCAAAAUCAAAACUUGGAUGUAACAAGCUCUGAUUCUGAUGGUGAAACUUUGAGUCCGAGUCCUUCGACAUCCCUCGAGUUACAGCCAUGGAUGGCCCGGAUUCUCUCUGGCAGGCAAUCAUCUUCUAAGCAUGUUGAAGCAAUCUCUCACCGACUUAAUGAUUCCCGUAUAUCUAAAGCCAAAAGUUUGCUCGAAAAAUAUUCUACGCCUGAUCGAAAAGCUCGAAUAAGCACAAUGAACUUUCGUUCGGAGUGGAACUUUAGUGGCGACGUGCGAGAAACUAUGCCGGGAGGUCGAAAUUCAACGCUGGUGUCACCUCCGUUAUGCUCGAUAUGUCAGCACAAGGCACCGGUUUUCGGAAAACCUCCGAGGUGGUUCACUUACUCUGAGCUCGAACUCGCAACCGGUGGUUUUUCACAGGCAAACUUCUUGGCGGAGGGCGGGUUUGGAUCGGUUCAUAGAGGGCUCCUCCCUGACGGGCAGGCCAUUGCUGUGAAGCAACAUAAAUUAGCGAGUUCGCAGGGUGAUCAUGAGUUUGGCGCCGAGGUUGAAGUUCUAAGCUGUGCGCAGCACCGGAAUGUUAUUAUGUUGAUUGGGUUCUGCAUCGAGGAUCGAAGAAGAUUGUUGGUUUAUGAAUAUAUUUGCAAUGGGUCGUUGGACUUCCAUCUUUAUGGUCGUAAUCGAGAACCACUUGAAUGGCCCGCCCGACAAAAGAUUGCUGUCGGCGCAGCACGAGGAUUGAGAUACCUUCAUGAAGAGUGUAGGGUUGGUUGCAUAGUUCACAGAGACAUGAGACCAAACAACAUCCUCAUCACCCAUGAUUUUGAACCACUGGUUGGUGAUUUUGGUCUAGCUAGAUGGCAACCAAAUGGAGAUCUUGGUGUAGAAACCAGAGUAAUUGGCACAUUUGGAUAUCUUGCGCCAGAGUAUGCUCAAAGUGGCCAAAUUACAGAGAAAGCAGAUGUAUAUUCUUUUGGUGUGGUAUUAUUAGAGCUUAUAACAGGACGCAAAGCUAUGGACAUUAACAGGCCGAAGGGCGAGCAAUGCCUCACUGAAUGGGCUCGUCCACUGCUAGAGGAAUAUGCAAUUGAUGAGCUGAUAGAUCCACGCUUGGUUAAUCGCUACUUAGAACAUGAAGUGGUUUGCAUGUUGCAUGCAGCUUCACUAUGUAUUCAGCGAGAUCCUCAGGCAAGGCCUAAAAUGUCUCAGGUUCUGCGCAUUUUGGAAGGAGAUUUGGUGAUGGAGCCCAACUUUGCCGCCACCUUCCCCGGCGGCGAAGUUGGCAGCAGGAGUGGAAGAUUGUGGUCGGAGCAGCACGGCGGCGGCGGCAGCGAAAAGCAACAUACUCGUUCAAACAGUUUCGGUGGUGAACAAUCUUAUGAUCAGCUCAGAACCGAUUGGGGAGAGAAAGCUACUACUUUUCUUAGGAGGUGAUAAAUCAUUCCAGAUCCUUUUUUUUUUUCCUUUAAAUCAUCGUUUGUAUGUAUUUGUAUAGUGUUUAUCAGAGUACCUUCUUAUAUUUCUGCAAAUUAUUCACAUUUAUAUCUGGAAAGCUUAGGAACUGUUUGGGAUCA